UGGAAUAUGGCGGCCAUCUUGAAAGCGUUUAUUUCAAGUUCAGAGUUUUAGUGUUACUGUUGAAAUUACUUAUAUUGUGAUUACAAACAGAUACCAAGAUGAAUCCCAUGACAAAUAUUAAAAAUAUCCAGAAACUGAAUGAUCGAAUGCUUGAAAUGGGUGUGACAGAUGAUGCAUCUUGGCAUAAACAGUACAAAGACAGUGCGUAUGUAUUCAUAGGUGGUCUUCCAUAUGAUUUGACUGAGGGGGACAUACUCUGCGUCUUUUCUCAGUAUGGUGAAAUUGUGAAUGUGAACUUGGUGAGAGACAAAAAGACUGGCAAACAAAAGGGCUUCUGUUUCUUGUGCUAUGAAGACCAGAGAAGCACUAUCCUUGCUGUUGACAAUUUCAAUGGAAUAAAGUUGGGUGGUAGAACAAUUCGUGUUGACCAUUGCUCCAACUAUCGCCGUCCUAAGGGAGAUGAGAAGGAUGACGAGGGAAACAGAAAGGAGAUAAUAGAGCAGGGCUGUGCACCCAGGACGCCAUCCCCCUCACCACCCCCCUCAGAUGACGAGGGACCAGCGCAAAAAAAGGCCAAAAAGCUGAAAAAGAACAAGAAGCACAAGAAAAAUAAAGGCGACAAAGAUAAGCGCGGUGGGUCUUCAUCUGAAGACGAGCGUAGUGGGAGCCGCCACUCAACUGAAACGACACAGAGGAGAAAUUUGAAACGAGAUGUUACUCACUCUGUGCGUGACAAAUGUGGAAUGCGUGACAAAGAUGAGUUGCGUGACAAAGAAGGAAUGCGUGAACAUUACAAUGCCCAUCAUUCAGGCAAAGUAAAAAGAGAAGAGUGGGAUAGGAGCAGGGCUGACCCAAGGAUUGAGGAUCUUGAUAGAGACUAUGACAGGCGUGACAUUGGCAGAACCAACAUCCAGGAAUCUACCAGCAGGCGUGACCGAGACGGAUAUGACGCAGUGCGUGACAUACGAAGCACACGGGAUUCUCGUCACACAGGAUCACUUGAAAAACUUGCGAAUGAAAAAUCUGAUUACGGAAAGCAGUCUCGCAGUGAACACGGGCGGUGGGAUCGUCAGCGAUUUGGCGAACGCACGGAAAAGCACCAAGACAGAGAACCGAGAAAAGUCGACAGAGAACCGAGGAGAGACGACAGAGCAACAAGAAAAGACGACAGACAGCCGAGAGGAGACGACAGAGGACAAAUGAAAGACGACAGAGAACCGAUGAAAGACGACAGCAAACUGAGAAAAGACAACAAAGGACCUAGGAAAGACGAUAGAGAACCGAGAAGAGACGACAGAGAACCGAGGAGAGACGACAGAGCAACAAGAAAAGACGACAGACAGCCGAGAGGAGACGACAGAGGACAAAUGAAAGACGACAGAGAACCGAUGAAAGACGACAGCAAACUAAGGAAAGACGAAAGCAAACCAAGAAGAGAUGAUAAAGAACCGAGAAAAGACGACAGAGAACCGAAAAGGUAGUAAAGGAUCCAGGCGACGUGACAUUAAGAGACAGGAUGAUAGGCGAUAGAGCGAAAACAAAAUUGUAGAGAAAAUUGGAGAUACAGGUCAACUAUAGGUAUGCAGUGAAACCUCCAAAUAACGGACCUCAAUCCAGGGGGGGGGAAUGUCUUUCUUCAAUGGACGGGCACUCUGCAAUGCCUACUUUAAACUCGCUAGGUCAAUAAAAGUACAAAGUGCCUCGAA